AACGAGACGCGAAUACAGCUUUAAGUGUUGGAAUGUGCGCUCGCGCAACCUCAAAGGCUCAACACAACGUCACAACCUCACAACCAGUCUUUCAUUCGAUCGCGGCUGCGCUGUAGCCAAACGCACUGCGCCUCGAAUUACGAAAAUAUGUGUAAAAUUUGCAGUUACAACAGUGUUUGUUGAUAAAGUGUCGGAUUGUGUUGCAAGUGUGCAAAGUUUGUGUUAUGAAGUGUAGCUGACGGAGGUCGGAAGGAAGCCCGGGCUAUUUACCUAAUGGCGGGUGCCACGGGGCUCGUGGAGUGGUCGGAGGGCGCGGCGGUGUGGUUCCAGCCCGCCGGGGCCCCCGCCCCGCUGCCCGGCGAGCUGAUCGAGGUGCACCGCGCCGCCAAGGUGCUGCUCGUCAGCGCCGUCGUCAACGGCCAGCCCCAAACCUUCGCCUUACAAAUGGGUAACGCCGAGGAGGAAGGGGACCCGGUCUGGCCGCGUGAGGAGCUCGGACCCACCGGCGUGGAAGACAUGACGCGUCUCCACGACCUGCACGAAGCCGCCUUACUCUGGAACCUCAAGCUCCGUUACGAACAAGGCCUCAUUUACACAUACGCGGGCUCCAUCCUCGUGGCUGUUAACCCUUAUAGGCCAGUCGACGCGCUGUACGGCUUGCAAACCGCUAGAAGGUAUCAUGCUGCAGAGGCGUUAGGGGACCUACCACCACAUUUGUUCGCGAUAGCAGCAGCAGCGCGGAGUUCAUUGCCAUACCCUCAAGCUAUACUCAUAUCUGGCGAAUCAGGAGCUGGCAAAACAGAGUCUACCAAGCUAGCAGUCCAAUUCCUAGCCGCAGUAGCGCCCGCUCCGCCUGGCCGAGCGCCCGUCUCUGAACAGAUUCUUGAAGCCGCACCCUUACUCGAAGCGUUCGGAAACGCGAGAACACCAAAAAAUCAUAACUCUAGUCGAUUCGGUAAAUUACUGGAACUUUACUUUAAAGAUGGCGCGCUAGCCGGUGCGAGGGUUGCACAUUAUUUAUUAGAAAAAUCUCGCAUCGUCACCCAAUCCCCUGGUGAAAGAAAUUAUCAUGUUUUCUAUGAACUAUUAGCAGGGUUGGAUGAGGAGCAGAGGAAAUCUAGAGGCUUGUUGUCAGCCGAACAUUAUUUUUAUUUAAAUCAAGGCGGAGAUGCGGGUGGCGCCGGUGCGGGCGCCGACUGGUCAGCUCUAUGUGGAGCCAUGCAAGUGCUCGGUAUCGGAGACGCUGAACGCGAGGAUAUAAUUAAAGUUUUAGCAGCUGUUUUACAUUUAGGUAACGUUUAUUUCCAUAGAAGACAAUUAAGGCACGGACAAGAGGGUGUCCAAUUAGGUGGAGGCGCGGAAGUGCGCUGGGCGGCACAUUUACUCAAAGUACCUGCAGAGGAAUUAGCGAGAGCCCUCACAACGAGAGUGACUGCGGCGAGGGCGGAGCGCAUGCGGUCUCCUUUACCGAUAGAUCAAGCGUUAGACGCAAGAGAUGCUUUCGCCAAAGCGCUUUACUCCUCGCUGUUCAACUGGCUAGUCCUUCGAAUAAAUUCGAUAGUCCAUCGCGCUGGAUUACACGAUGCUCACCGGAUAUCUCUCCUCGAUAUCUUCGGCUUCGAAGACUUGGAAGAGAAUUCGUUUGAGCAACUUUGUAUAAACUACGCUAACGAAACCCUACAACAUUAUUUCAAUAAGCAUAUUUUUAAAUUGGAGCAGCAGGAAUACCAAAAAGAAAGGUUGGAAUGGUCCAACCUUACGUGGAACGAUAACUCACCAGUCAUUCAACUUCUAAGUAAAAAGCCAGUGGGUAUUCUGCAUCUCUUGGACGAUGAGAGCAAUUUCCCGCGGGCAUCUGAUGCCUCGUUCCUAGAAAAGUGCCAUUACAAUCACGCUCUCAACGAAUUAUACUCUAGACCUAGAUUAGGAGCAAAUGAAUUCGGGAUUAGACAUUAUGCAGGGCAAGUCUGGUACAACGUCGAAGGUUUCUUGGAUAAGAACCGGGACGCGCUCCGAGCUGAUGUGUUAGAACUUCUGUGCAGCAGUGGAGUGCCGUUGGUAGCAGAGAUGUCGGCACAACUGCGCGCGCAGCACGACAUGAACAAGACCCUUCCCAGGGGUGCUAAUGGAAGAUUUGUUACUAUGAAGCCGAGAACCCCUACUGUUGCAGCCAGAUUCUCCGACAGUCUCCACUCAUUACUGGAAUCCAUGUCCCGCUGCAACCCAUGGUUCGUGCGCUGCAUCAAGCCCAACACCGACAAGUCAGCGAUGAAGUUCGACAUGCCGUGCGUGCUAGCCCAGCUGCGCUACACUGGCAUGCUGGACACUAUCAAGAUUAGGCAGAUGGGCUAUCCCAUACGGAUACCCUUCCAGAGCUUCGUGGAGCGUUAUCGGUAUCUGCUGAAGUCCAUGCCACCUCGCGCCACCCCCUACAGAGAGAUCUGCAACACCAUCCUGACCGAGAUGCCGCCCACUGGAGCUGUGGGUGCUGACUUCCAGCUGGGAGCUGCGCGGGUGUUCGUGCGGGAAGCCCUGCACCGCGCUCUGGAGCGAGCGCGCGCGGACAAACUGAGAGCCGCUGCCACCUUGCUGCAGGCGCAAAUCAGGGGAUACCUGGCGAGAAAACACUACCAUCAAAUGCGCCACUCAGCCAUUCAGAUACAAUCCUGGUGGAAGGGAACCCGUGAGCGUCAUCGUUUCAUCACGAUAAAGCGGGGAGUAGUGCGCGCUCAAGCGCUGGUUAGAGGGAAACGUGCCCGUGCGAGAACCAAAGCGUUAAAGGAACAGAUGAGGAGAAGACAGGAGCAGCAGAAAGCGGCUGCCAAACGGCGAGCAGCAGAACAGAAGGCCAAAGCGGAAAGCCUCCAAGUGUUAGAAGUGCCCGCGGAGCUGGCCUUCAUUCUGUCCAAGAUCGACGAGUGGCAACCGCCGCAUACCGACAAGAAUAUUUCCAAAGUAUCAGGAGAGGUGCAUGCGGAAGAGGAGCGUAUCCAGCUGCCGAAAGAUUUGCAGCAGUUCGCGUUCUCCAAGUUUAGCUCUGUAUACUUCGCCGAUGGAGGUCAACUCAGCCCGAAGAAACACCCCAUCACCAAGCCAUUCCUGUCCAAGGCUGCAGUUCGGGAUCAAGACUUCAACGAUGCAGUGGCAGUCUUCAAAUUAAUUUUGAGGUGGUGUGACAAGUCGGCUGCUGGAAAUGAUGCUAGACAAAAGGUUUUAGCUGACUACAUAGCUUCUCGUGGACUAUCUUCGCGCGGUCUCCGGGAUGAGAUCCUGGUGCAGCUGUGCAACCAGGCCGGCGGCGACGCGGGGCCCAGGGUCAUGAGGCUGCUGGCGCACUGCCUCGCCGCCUUCCAGCCGGGACCUGCUUUACACAAAUAUCUAGUCCGUUUAAUAUCAGAGCGCACAAGUGGUGCGGAACGCGCGCGGUUGUUGCGGCUGGUGUGCGGUGCGGAAGCCGCCGCCGCGCGCGUUUCUGCCGUGCCGCGCCGCGCGCCGCCCACCAUACUGGAGUGGAAGGCUGCCAUAGAAAAUGCUCGACCUGCUCUACCUCUGAGACUGUAUGACGACACGGUGCAAACGGUGUGCGUGGAGUCGUGGACGACGUGCGAGCGCGCGGCCGCGAGCGCGCUGGCGGCGGCGGGCGUGAGCCGCAACGCGAGCGGCUGGUCGCUCACUCUAGAACACAAUGGACAACUCACUGAGUGGGCGGGCUGCGAAUACGCACUGGACGCCGUUGGUGAGGUGGAGACUUGGUCAGCUCUGACCAGCGCUCGGAGCGAACCUUUGCGAGCCUCCGCCGCGCGCCUCGCGCCUCCCGCACCUCCCCCGCGAGCCUCCUCCGUCGACACUGAACGCUCGUUGAGACCACAGGUUCCACCACCCGAACCGCCAAAAUCAAGAUCUCCAAGCAUACAACGAAUCCUCCAAGAGUCCAUAGACGAAAACAUGUCAGAUUACAACUGGAAGAUGGAAGCACCUUCGGAAAGUAGCACGUGGAAGGAGACAGAAGAAUCCCGUACUCUAACCAAACAGAAUAAUGAUUACUCUAGAAAGAUAUCCCACGACAUUCUAUCACGUGAAUCGGCAUUGAACGAACGGUAUUUCGAGCAAACUUCGGAUAAAGUCCGAAGUCGAUCGUUAGACAAUUUAUUAGGUGACAACCCUGCGCCCCAACCAACUAAGCUGGCUGAUAUGGGGCUGUCACAGUCCCGUUUGAACGAUAGAUAUCAUUCUGUGGAACGUCUUGGUGGUGCCCCUAGCGUGACCAGCAGUAAAGGAAUGGAAGCGGAGUACGGUCAACGUCAAAUGCCAUCGCGAUACAUAAAAUCGCAAUAUGCUGGAAAGAGGGCGCCGGCUGGCUCGCAGUCUAGUCGUGCAUAUAUCGAGAAGAGCUCGGAGUUUGGAGGUGUUAGAUCUUCCGCGAUGUCCGACACGUCAGAAGCUCCGAGUUUAGCGUCCCAUGUCCGUCGAGUCCGCGUGCCAAGUCAGGCGUCCGACGUCGAUCAGUUCCUCGACGAUCUGUUCUCGCCCGUCCUCGACCCAAACAUCGACGAAAUGUCCGACGCACGCUCCCUCGCCGCCAGCAUCAAGGGCGGUAAAGGCUACGCCAACUUCAUUGACGACGUCCUCAGCUGCUCUUACAAUGAGCAGAUAGAAGCUUUUAAUAAUCCCGAAAAGAUGUCACGUCUUCUCAAAGGCGGUGGCCAGGACGACUCGAAAACCACAACUAGCAGCAGCAGGAAGGAGUCAAACGUCGAUUCAGUCGAUGACUAUAUAACAAAUCUUUUUGAUCCCAUAUUUAUGAAUGAUAGCUUGAAGAGGUUAACUGAUGGCGAAGGUCUUUCCGGUGCCAUAAAGGGUGGCGGUGCGACACCGCGGACGUCAGGUGGCAAUACAUCUGCGCUUAGUUUUGGCGCUAUAUCGUUGCCAUCCUCGAUGCCAGCGAUGCCAGCCACUCCUGAAGCAUUGGCCGCGGCAUUAGGCUUGCACUUGCCUCCCCCGGGCACAGUAGAUAUAAACGCCUACCACCAGAAUUUACAACGAGCUUUUCUGCAGAAUGCCAUGGCACAAAAUCUUCAAAUUCAGCAGCAGCUUUUAGCUCAAAAUCAAGCUUUACAAACCUUGCUAGCCGGUCAAGUUGUGGAACCGACUGAUUCAGCACCGACGUCACCGGUCCGCUCGUCGACGGUUGUACACGCUCAAAUACAUUCACCUCCUAGAAAUUCAGUCAUCAAAUCGCGAAGGGAAUCUAACGAAAGCUCGUCCACGGGAGCACCGCCACCUCCUCCGCCUCCGAUGCCUCCCCCACUGCACGCGAUGGAUCCAUCAGAAGUUCGACCUUUCAUGGACCCCUACGGCCGCGCAAAGACGGUCCGGAUAGGUAAAUGGAGGUGGCCGCCGCCCAAAGAUGCCGUUGGACAGGAACAAGCUCAAGAUUUCACUAAAUUCAAAAUGCGUCAGAUACAAAGAAGAAUCACUCCACAGGCGCAAUCUAAUGGCCUCGAACACGAACCACCCCGAGGACGCUCUCGUUCCGAGGCAUCGCCGGGAAUCGACUGGGAAGAGUUUGAAGUGGAUGGCCAUAGUCCGUCGUCCAGGGAACCACCUUCACAAAGAACGGCGAGGCGAAGUUUUGAAAUAGGAGCUCAAAGACCUUCACCGGGAAGCGUGGGUAAACUUAAACUCAGCUCUGAAAUGCGGCAACGGCUAGAACGCGUGACCGCUAAUCAUUCAGUCAGGAGUACGUCGUCCGCAGCUGAAACUCCGCGCACAGUCAACAAGUUAGAGGAUACGAGGAAGUUAAUGCUCGAACGUCAGUUGGGUGGAGUGAUGAGAUGGGACGCUCCCCCUCCGCCGCUGCCCCCCGCCCCUCCCGGCCCGGCGCCGCCGCCGCCCAUGACUCCACCUUCACCGCCGGACAAACCCGCCCCACCGCCACCGGUUCCCGACUCUUCCUCUACAUUCGCUCAGUUGCGUCGCGAUAGAGACACGUUUGGUGUCCAUCAAAAUAGAGAAGCUGAUGAUCGCCACUCAUUCCUUGCUAAUUGGAGCUCUAGAAGAAAAGAUGAAAAUGAAUCAUCGCAAGGCGACGAUUUAGCAUCACGUUUCUUGACUUCCGAUCGUCGAGAACGUAGGGUCAAAGACGACUGGGGAGAAGAGUCCGAUACUAGAAGUUACAACGGUGAUAAAGGGCGAAUCAGUAGAGACGAAUGGGAUUCCGAGUCCACGUUAGAUAACAGACGCGAUAUGCGCGAUAACUAUUCCGGUAGAGAAGCUUCAGAAAUAUACGAAAUUCACCCAACUAGAACCGAAAGAAGAAAAGAAGAAAAUGAGAUCGAGGAAAACUAUGAACGAAAACGUUCAUCAGUAUUCGAUGAUUUCGAGAGAUAUGAUGGGCGGAAGAACUCCAGAGAUAUGUUGGUAGGACGUGCAAGGGAAAGCCCGCGAUCUGAUCAAGACGACAGACGUUUCUCACCUGAUAAUGCAGACACAUUGAAGAGGACUGAUCGGCCUACUUUCAAAACGCAUAUGGCCCAAAAGGAAAGAGAUAAGAAGUUGGAGGCAGAAAGACGACAGUCUGUUUCUACGCAUGUCACGGAUAGAUCGGAGCAUAUUGAACGUGACGCUCCAGCGCCAGCUGCAUUUUUGCCGACGGAGCGCUCAUUCAUCACGUAUUCGCGAGUGCCAUGGAAGCUGCGUGUUCGGAAAGAGGUCUUCACGCCUUUGGAGACAUACAGCGAACCUGCCAUACUCGAUUUAUUAUAUGCACAGAUCGUCCAUGACAUAACAUCAAACACCCCCUCCCUCCGUAUAAGCGCGGCCGAGCGUCGCGCGGGCUCGGCGUGGCUACGGUCACAGAAUGGCCCUGUUCGCGUGAGCACCAAGCGCCAAGCUGUGGAGAUGGCCAGAGAGUGGCCCUUCUACUUCGCCAGGUUAUUCUCCGCGCGCGUACCGCCGGGCGAAAACGCUGUGCUUGCGGUCUCUCAUACUGCUGUUACUAUUGGAGUCAAAGGGCCCUCAGGCCUAGUUACUCGCCGCUCGAUCUCCCUGGGCGGCCUCCGAGCGACAGCCCCGGCGCCCGCCACCCUGCAGCUGACGCCAGCUCGCGACGCGCCCAUCACCCUCCAAGUGCCCCUGGCGCACCACGCCCACGCGCUCAUCGCCGAGUUCGCACUGCAGUACACGCAGAUACAACCAAAACCAACAACCAACGGCGUGACAAACACAAACAGAGAAAAGAUAACAGAGAGAGAUACUAGAGAUGUAAGAGACUCAAGAGAAUCCAGAGAGUCAAGAGAGUCCAGAGAGUCGAGAGAGUCGAGGGAGUCAAGGGAAUCGAGAGAGUCGCGUGAAAUGAGAGAACUCCGAGAGUCUAGGGAAGAAAUAGAAGUGGAGAUCCGAGAUAGACGAGGACCGACGUCAUCUCCGGUGCCGCGGGAACGUGAGAGGGACAGGGAUAGAGAUAGAGAGCGGGACCGGGAAAGAGAGAUGCGAGAUGAUAGAAGAGAGCAGUCAACUCCACAGCACGAUGGCCGACAUCCACUUCUGCAGUUCGCAGUGGAUCAUUUUAGACAGAGCCCUGAAUUAGAAAUCCUUAAAGCCGAUUCGUCGCUCAAGAGCAAGGCGAAACGCAACGAAUGGACAUGGAAGGCGCAGACCGACGUGGUGAAAUGGCAGGCAACGCCCCUACGAGCCCCAUUGCUUCGACUGCCGGCGGCUUUGGCUCCACCCGCGUUGGAGUGCUUCACGUGUAUACGCGCGUACUGUGGCGACCUGCAGCCGGCUGAGAGAGCGAUACAUCAGGAUAUGACUGAAGUUAAAUGCGUUUACACCGUCCUUAUGCAUUGCCACUCUGUGCCGGAGCUGCGUGACGAGGUAUACUGUCAGCUGAUGAAGCAGACGACGUCGAACCGCUCCCCCACUCAGGACUCGUGCCAGCGCGCCUGGAGACUCAUGUCCAUCCUCGCCGCGUACUUCACUUGCUCCGACACCCUCAGACCAUUCCUCGUGGAAUACCUAUCAGCGGCCGCAGCGGACAGACGGAGACCCUGUCAAGGUACCGCGGCCGUGUGCCUCGCCAACUUCAGGAAGACGCUGCGAUGCGGGGGCAGGAAGAACGUGCCCAGUGUUGAAGAGGUCACAGCGGUGUCUGCAGGGCGGUCUGCGAGGCGCCAGCUGUACAGGCUCCCCGGAGGAGCGGAGCGCGUCGUCAAUACACGAUGUGCGACCGUCGUGCAGGACAUCGUCAACGAACUAUGCGAACUGAUCGGCGUAACAAGCGAAGCAGAACGCGCGGAGUUCUCCCUAUACUGCAUCGUGGCGGGCGACGCGUUGACCAUGCCACUGGCGGGCGACGAGUACGUCCUGGACGUCACCACCGAGCUGCAGCGAGCGCACCAUCCCUUCUACCUCAUCUUCUGCCGCUCCGUGUGGCACCACCCUCUGCGCUCCGAUGCACCGCCGCUCUAUACUGAAGUGCUCUUCAACCAGGUGGCCCCAGACUACUUAGAAGGUCUAUUACUAGUACUGCCUGGUGGGGGCGCUCCAGCAGCUGGCGUGCUUCGGGACGCGGCGCUAGUAGCUGCUUUACUCCAUCGGGCGGCUGGUUUACCCGACGCUCCGCACCCGAGGGAUCUGAAGUUCCUCCUGCCCAAACCGUUAUUGGCAUUAAGGGAGCCCCGUCCGGCCAAGUGGGCCUCCUGGGUAUCUGCCGAGUGGCCUACAGUAAGGACUGUUACCCCGGCUGCAGCCAAAUCCAAAGUUUUACAGGUGCUGUCUCGCUGGCCGCUGUUCGGGUCGUCGUUCUUCGCGGUGCGGCGCGUGGGCGGCGCGGGCGCGGGCGAGUGGCGCGAGUUCGUGCUGGCGCUCAACCGGCGCGGCGUGCACCUGCUGCACCCCGCCACGCACGACACCGACACGCAUUGGCCCUACGCCGAGCUCAUCUCCACCAGGAAGGUGCGGUCGGAGGACGGCACGCUGUUCCUGGACGUGAAGUGCGGCUCGCUGCUGCAGCAGCGCGUGACGCGGCUUCAGGCGGAGCAGGCGCACGAGGUGGCGCGCCUCAUCCGCCAGUACAUCGCGCUGCAGCGCGACCAGCGCGACCAGAGACUCGAUACAGCUUUCAGCAGCCAGUGAGUGGAGUACACAAAGACCAAUGGACUCAAGCAAGCAAAUGUGUGCACACGCACAUUAAGUAAUGUUGACACAUCAAUAAAAUCCGUCCUUUCUGAUCUGAUUGUGGAAAUAUGUACUUAAAAGUGUUUAAGUUAAUUGAUAUGAAAAAGAGAUUAAAAUGAAAAUAGGAUUGCUGAAAUUAAAAACUGUAAUAACUGAUAUUUUCUAUUUUCAUUUUAGUCGUGUUUUAUUGGAAUAUUGUAGAAUGUUUUAUCCUGGGAUAGUUAGUCUAUCUUAUAGCAUAGAACCAUAUACUUAUAAUAACAUAUAUUUUUGAUAAAAUAUACUUGCAUAAUCGAAUAAUUAAAAAAAUAUUGAAUCAUGCAAAUUAUUUCCAAUAAAGGAAUAUUUUGAUAAUGGCAACUCUGUUGUUACUUGUUACACUUUUUUAUAAUGCUCAAAACGAUUAGAAAUCAUCUACAUAUUUUAGUAGGUACCUAAUUACUAUUAUAAUUGCAUAUAAACUUAUUUGUUUUAAAAUAAUGCAAAUAGCGCUAAGCUAUGCUAUAUUCAUAAUAAUAUUAAUAAUAUAUUACACGAACAUUCCAAUAAAGAAAUAGAUUAUAAGUAUAAAAAUAAUUCAGCAAUUUUGUUUAUGGAAUUCAUAUUAUUUUCUUUUUCCGUAAACAAAAUUAAUAGAUCGUAGAAUAUUAUGUUUAGUUCUAGUUACUACCAAUUAUUACAUUCAUUAAUGUCUUCCUUCAUUUGUAUGGAAAAAGGUGCUAUAUUUAGAAGUGAACUUUAAAUUGUAACCAGGGGCUCUAUUAUAUUUUAUUCCGUUAAAAUAGUACUAAAUACCUACCUACCAUGAAAUAAUAUUAGGGUUAAGUCACAAAAUUUGUUACAUUACCUAAUUAAUUAGAAAAAUUGGUAAAAAAAAUUGGUAAGUAUACGGUAGGCAAUAUCUUAUUGCCUGUAUGGAAGGUAUAUUAAUCAAUAUCAGUACAUACCUCCUACAUUAGAACAAAAACGCAACGAUUUACGGUCCCGGAUACAUAUUAGUAUAGGGUUUAUAAAAUUACUGCAUCCUCUGUAAACAAGAUCUUAUAAAACACUUUUUGUGAUUUUUCGUAAUUAACGGUCUUUAAAAAUGAAUUAAUUUUAAUGCAAGCCCCUGGACAUUUCGUAGAAUUUAAAAGUAUGUCUAUAAAGCUGUUUUACGCUGAAGCAACAACAUGCAACAAUAUGGCAUGCUACAAAUAAAAUAUUAAUAUUGCGGCCAGUAGCAUGCGGCCAGUCUAUUUUGUGCCAAGACAACAUCGUAAUUCUUGCUGUAGAAUUGAAAUAUUUAAGGUACUCUGACGACUAUUGGUACACUUUAGCUAACUUACUAUAGCAUGCAGCCCUGUGGCAUUCCUCAAUGUCGCACUGUAUUGCUCCGGCGUAAAACAGCCUUAACAAAUCUAUAUUAAUAAGUAACUAUUUAAACAAUGUAUUUUUAUCUAAUUUCCCAAAGACCACGGGCGGUCGGAGUCAUGUCUAUUUGCAUAUAAAAUGAGUUAUUUCGUUGUCAUGUAAUAUAUUUAAUAAAACGAUGUAUGAAUAUAUUGUAGAUACAAAUAAAAUUUUAUUUUUCAAAUAAUA